CUUAAUACUCGCAUUUAAUCACAACACUACUCAACUUCCCCACUAUGAUCCCCUCCACGCUUCUCGCCCUCAUCAGCCUUGUCUCGGUUACCCAAGCCGCAGUCGCUCCCAAGAUUCUUUCCGCCGACGAUGUCAUCGUUCUCAAGACCGAUGGCACUUCUCAAGUCAUGAAAGCCGCUGACCUCGAACGUCUCGAGACUGCCCCCGCUGUCAACACCAAGACUCCCUCGAAGCGAAACAUUGAGCGUCGUGGAUGUGAGAGCACCGAAGUCCAAGUCCUAUCCGAAAAAGAAUUCCUCAACUGGGAUGUCCCUAUGUCUCCUGUCAUCAGCAGUCUCGACGGUUCCAAGGCCACCGUCAGCGUCACUUCCGGCUUCACCAUCGCCAACUCUCUCAAAGUAGGCGCUAGCUUCAGCAUCCCUCUCAUCGAAGACAUUCUUACCACUUCGCUGAGCAUUGACUACACCGAGACCUGGACUUCGAGCCAGCAGCAGUCUCUGUCUUUCCAAGUUCCUGAGAAUCACCAUGGUCUUAUUGUCAGCCAGCCUUAUGUCCGACGUGUUCAAGGCAAUGUUCUUGAUGGAUGCGGUGAUGAGAUUGAGAAAACGGAGUUUACCUCGGAUUCGUAUGAGAGUCAGACUUAUGGAAAUCUUGAGUGGGUUAAGGGUAUUAUUCGUCUCUGCAGCAGCGAAACUUACCCCGUUCCCUUCUGCAAUGGUGAGGGCGAGCACAAAUAAGACUCUCUAGCUUAGAGCUUGGGUCCGGUUCGGCGCGCAAGGUGGUAGAGCGCCUGUCGCAAGAUCGAGCUCAAAUGACACAAUAAUUCAC